AUGAACAAUCUGAACAUCAUUACGCAACUCAACCAAAGCCUGGUGUCGUACAUGACAACUGGCGACCACCCACGUGCAUGUAUUGCAGUAAAGGCUCUUCUCAGUCAGACCAGGGCUCUCAUUAAUUUUCUGAAUGCACUUGGUCCUGAGCUUGAGAACCUGGUCACUCAUCAUGGCCCUGCACCCUCCCGUUUCAACUUGGCCUUCGUUUCCACUUUUCCUGAAACCACAGACACUUCUGAUUUUGGCUUGGACUCUGGCGUUCUGACUCUGCUUGACAAGAUGGUGCUCUUUCUUCCACAGACUAGUGCACUUGACCAGAACAUUGAUGAUGUGAUCAUGAUUCUAGCACCUCAAGUUCAUGCUCAUUUCGAAUUGCUGGUGCCUGUCUUGUAUAAUGCUGGCUUCUUUUUCCAUCAGCAAGGCAUUUGCACUGGACGGUCAAGCCUUUUCCUCAAAGGCAUCAAGUACUACCACACGGCCUUGAACUUUUUGGACUUCUUCUUUGAUCCUACUGAUGCUGGGGACUUGGUCAUGCGUUGUGCCCUGUUCAACAACCUCGGGCAUGCAAGUUCAGUUGUGGCUCAUUUCCAAGACGCUGACUUGUGCCUCAAGGAGUUGAAGAAGGCACCUAUGGAACCCUCACCCGGGUCACUUGGUAGGGUGGCGGGAUGGACUGACCAGGAACUCGAAGACUUUUUCAACUAUUUCGUCUCUGUUGGUUCCAUUGGAAGCUAUGGCUUCUCUCCUGCAGCCUAA